GCCGAGCGGAGCGGCCCGCAGCCAUGGCCGAGAACGUGGUGGAGGCCGGGCCGCCCGCCCCCAAGCGGCCCAAGCUCGCCUCCCCGGCCCUCUCGGUGGCCGCCAGCGACGGCACAGAUUUUGGAUCCUUGUUUGACCUAGAACAUGACUUGCCGGAUGAAUUAAUCAACUCGUCAGAAUUGGGACUUACCAAUGGUGGCGACAUUAGUCAGAUCCAGACAAGUAUUAGCAUAACGCAAGACGCUGCCUCGAAACAUAAACAGCUUUCUGAAUUGUUACGGGCUGGCAGUUCCCCGAAUCUCAAUAUGGGAGUUGGUGGUCCUGGCCCAGGCAUGGCUACUCAAGGCCAGCAGAACAGUCCUGGAAUGGGAAUAUUGAAUAGCAUGGUCAAAAGCCCCAUGGCCCAGGCCACCUUGACUUCUCCUAACAUGGGAGUGGGUGCCGGUGGGCCAAGUCAAGGUCCUUCUGCACAGUCUGCUGCUGGUAUGAUCCCAGGAGUGAACAGUCCAGUUAAUCAGCCUGGACUAGGGAUGAACACAGGUAUGGGGGCUGGCAUGAAUCCUGGCAUGUUAGCUACAGGCAACGGACAGGGGAUGAUGCCAAGUCAAGUCAUGAACGGUUCCAUUGGAGCAGGCAGAGGGCGACCUAACAUGCCGUAUCCAAACCAAGGCAUGGGAAGUGCUGGCAGUUUACUAGCUGAGCCUCUGCAGCAAGGGUCUCCCCAGAUGGGAGGACAAACCGGAUUAAGGGGUCCACAGCCUGGAGGAGCUUUGAGCAAGAUGGGAAUAAUGAACAAUCCCAAUCCUUAUGGUCCACCAUUUAGCCAGAACUCUGCUCAGCAGAUUGGAGCCAGUGGACUUGGACCCCAGAUGCAAAACAAGGCUGGAAUACCCAACAGCUUACCCCAAUUUCCAAUUGACAAAAAGCCUGUCCCUGGAGCAGGAAUGCCUAACAUGGGCCAGCAGCAGGCCCCUCAAGUUCAGCCACCUGGCAUGGUGCCCUCUGCACCCCAGGGCAUGGGUUCUGGACCCCCCACAGCUGAUCCUGAGAAGAGGAAGCUCAUUCAACAGCAACUUGUUCUUCUCUUGCAUGCCCACAAGUGUCAGCGGCGCGAGCAAGCCAACGGGGAAGUGCGCCAGUGCAACCUUCCCCACUGUCGCACAAUGAAGAAUGUCCUCAACCACAUGACACAUUGCCAGGCUGGCAAGUCCUGCCAGGUGGCACAUUGUGCUUCUUCAAGACAAAUCAUCUCACACUGGAAGAAUUGCACAAGGCACGACUGUCCUGUGUGUUUGCCCCUCAAAAAUGCUGGGGAUAAAAGAAAUCAACAAUCAAUAUUGACCGGAGCUUCAGUGGGCAUUGGAAAUGCUGGUUCUGUAGGGGUGGGUCAGCAAAAUACUCCCAGCCUAAACCCGCCCAGUCAGAUUGAUCCUAGCUCUAUAGAGCGGGCGUAUGCAGCUCUCGGCCUGACCUACCAAGGAAACCAGAUGCAGACUCAGCCGCAAGCUCCAGUGAAGAGUCAGCAGCCAGGGCAGCCAGCCCAGGGCAUGCGUCCCAUGAACACCUUGAGUGCCAGUCCUAUGGGGGUAAAUGGAGGUGUCGGGGUUCAGCCAUCUAGUCUGCUUUCUGAUACAAUGAUGCAUUCAACCAUGAAUUCGCAAAACCCAAUGAUAAAUGAAAAUGCUGGAGUUGCCAACCUGGGGGCUCUGCCAGCAGCCAGCCAGCCAGCCAGUGCUGGAAUUCGGAAGCAGUGGCACGAAGAUAUUACUCAGGAUCUUCGAAAUCAUCUUGUUCACAAACUUGUCCAAGCCAUAUUCCCGACUCCAGAUCCUGCUGCUCUCAAAGACAGGCGGAUGGAGAACCUGGUUGCAUAUGCUCGGAAGGUGGAGGGGGACAUGUAUGAAUCUGCAAAUAGUCGAGCUGAGUACUACCACCUCCUUGCCGAAAAGAUCUACAAGAUCCAGAAAGAACUGGAGGAGAAACGCCGGACCAGGCUCCAGAAGCAGAACCUGAUGCCGACUGGCCCGGGCCUCCCACCACCUUCCAUGAAUCAGGGGCCCAGCCUGGGGCCGCCGCCACCACCGGCGAUGGCUGCCAAUGGUCCUUUGCCAGACCCAACUAUGAUCCGUGCCAAUGUUCCAAACCAGAUGAUGACUCGUAUGCCUCCACAGGCAGGAAUGAAUCAGUUUGGCCAGAUGAACAUGCAGCUGCCAUCCAUUGGACCCAGGCAGACGCCUCCUCUUCAGCACCCUGGACAGCUAGCCCAGGCUGGGCCCAUGAAUCAGUCUCUUGCCUUUGCUUCACGGAUGCAACAACCUGGAGUUGGUCAGCCUUCCAGCCAAAACCAGUUCCUUCAACAGAAUCAGUUUUCCACUUCCUCUCAAGGACUGAAUCCUGCAAAUAUACCUAUGGCUCAGCCCAACAGCCAGGCACCAGUGUCUCAAGCACAGAUGCCCAGUUCUUCCUGUCCUGUGAAUUCUCCUGCAAUGACUCCAGGUUCUCAGGGGAACCACAUUCACUGCCCCCCUCUCCCUCAACCUUCUCUGCAUCGAAAUUCCCCUUCUCCAGUCCCCAGUCGAACUCCUACACCGCAUCAUACCCCCCCAGGCAUGGGGUCCCAGCAGCCUCCAGCUUCCGUAGCUUCGGCCCCGGCUCCAACACCCCCGGCAAUGACCUCUGGACCACAACCCCCUGCUCUCCACCCGACUCCAAGACAGACGCCCACCCCUCCUCAGGCACAGCUUCCUCCCCAAGUGCAGCCUGCAGUUCCUGCUGUCCCUUCAGUCGAGCCACCCCAGCAGCAGCCCCUGUCCCAGCAGAGCGGCACGGCGUCAGUGCCUACCCCGACGGCCCCACUCCCGACUCAGCAGCCUUCAACUCCACUUUCCCAGCCUGCUGUGAGCAUUGAAGGACAGGUGUCAAGCCCUCCAUCAACCAGCAGCACAGAAGUGCACUCCCAGGCUGCUCCUGAGCAGCAGCCUUCGCAGGACAUUAAGAUUGGCACCAAAAUGGAGGAGGAUCCGUCAGAACCAGGAGACACCCAGCCAGAGGAUAAGCCAGAGGAUGCUCUGGAACAGAACCAUCUACGUAUCUUUCAGGUCAAAGCAACGGUGGUGGCAGAAGACUGCAAGCUGGAAGCAAUGGACACAGAAGAGAAACCAAGAGAAGUGAAGACAGAACCAAAGGAGGAGGAGGAACCCCCAAGCACCCCGGCUACUCAGUCUUCUCCAGCCCCAGGACAGUCGAAGAAAAAAAUUUUCAAGCCAGAAGAAUUACGUCAGGCACUUAUGCCAACACUGGAGGCCCUUUACCGGCAGGAUCCAGAAUCCCUUCCCUUCCGGCAGCCUGUCGACCCCCAGCUUCUAGGAAUUCCGGAUUAUUUUGAUAUAGUGAAGAGUCCUAUGGAUCUCUCUACCAUUAAGAGGAAAUUAGACACUGGACAGUACCAAGAGCCCUGGCAGUAUGUGGACGAUAUAUGGCUAAUGUUCAACAAUGCCUGGCUCUAUAACCGAAAGACGUCGCGAGUGUACAAGUACUGCUCCAAGCUGGCUGAGGUCUUUGAGCAGGAAAUCGACCCCGUCAUGCAGAGCCUUGGCUAUUGCUGUGGCAGAAAGUUGGAGUUCUCGCCCCAAACACUUUGUUGCUAUGGCAAACAGCUGUGCACAAUCCCUCGAGAUGCCACUUACUACAGUUACCAAAACAGGUAUCAUUUCUGUGAGAAGUGUUUCAAUGAAAUCCAGGGCGAGAGCGUUUCUCUGGGGGAUGAUCCAUCCCAGCCUCAAACUACAAUAAAUAAGGAACAGUUUUCCAAAAGAAAGAAUGAUACACUGGAUCCUGAACUGUUUGUUGAAUGUAUAGAAUGUGGCCGGAAAAUGCAUCAGAUCUGCGUCCUUCACAACGAGGUCAUCUGGCCAUCUGGAUUUGUUUGUGAUGGGUGUCUGAAGAAAACUGGACGAACUCGGAAAGAAAACAAGUUUUCAGCUAAAAGAUUGCCAUCUACCAGGCUUGGUACCUUCCUAGAAAACCGAGUGAAUGACUUUCUGAGACGGCAGAAUCACCCAGAGUCAGGAGAGGUCACAGUUCGGGUCGUUCAUGCUUCAGACAAAACGGUCGAAGUGAAGCCAGGCAUGAAAGCGAGAUUCGUUGACAGUGGCGAGAUGGCAGAAUCCUUCCCUUACCGAACAAAGGCCCUCUUCGCCUUUGAGGAAAUAGAUGGCGUUGACUUGUGCUUUUUUGGCAUGCACGUGCAGGAGUAUGGAUCUGACUGCCCUCCGCCCAACCAGAGGAGGGUAUAUAUAUCUUACCUCGACAGUGUUCAUUUUUUCCGUCCCAAAUGCUUCAGGACUGCAGUCUAUCAUGAAAUCUUAAUUGGCUACUUAGAAUAUGUCAAGAAAUUAGGGUACACAACAGGGCACAUCUGGGCCUGCCCGCCAAGCGAAGGCGACGACUACAUCUUUCACUGCCAUCCUCCCGAUCAGAAGAUCCCCAAACCCAAGCGACUGCAGGAGUGGUACAAGAAGAUGUUGGACAAGUCUGUGUCCGAACGCAUCGUCCAUGAUUACAAGGAUAUUUUUAAACAAGCCACGGAAGAUCGUUUAACGAGUGCGAAGGAGCUUCCGUACUUCGAGGGGGAUUUCUGGCCCAACGUGCUGGAGGAGAGCAUCAAGGAGCUGGAGCAGGAAGAGGAAGAACGAAAGAGGGAAGAGAACACCAGCAACGAGAGCGCAGACGUGACCAAGGGAGACAGCAAGAAUGCCAAAAAGAAGAAUAACAAGAAAACGAGCAAAAACAAAAGCAGCCUGAGCCGGGGCAACAAGAAGAAGCCGGGCAUGCCCAACGUCUCCAACGACCUCUCGCAGAAGCUCUACGCCACCAUGGAGAAGCACAAAGAGGUCUUCUUUGUGAUUCGCCUCAUCGCCGGCCCCGCUGCCAACUCUCUGCCCCCCAUUGCCGAACCUGACCCGCUCAUCCCCUGUGAUCUGAUGGACGGCCGUGAUGCCUUCCUCACCCUGGCGAGGGACAAACACCUGGAGUUUUCCUCGCUGCGCAGGGCACAGUGGUCAACCAUGUGCAUGUUGGUGGAGCUGCACACCCAGAGCCAAGACCGCUUUGUCUACACAUGCAACGAGUGCAAGCACCACGUGGAGACGAGAUGGCAUUGCACAGUCUGUGAGGACUAUGACCUGUGCAUCACCUGCUACAACACUAAGAACCACGACCACAAGAUGGAGAAGCUGGGCCUGGGCCUGGACGACGAGAGCAGCAGCCAGCAGGCGGCGGCCACCCAGAGCCCUGGGGACUCACGCCGCCUGAGUAUCCAGCGCUGCAUCCAGUCGCUGGUGCACGCCUGCCAGUGCCGCAACGCCAACUGCUCGCUGCCCUCCUGCCAGAAGAUGAAGCGGGUGGUGCAGCACACCAAGGGCUGCAAGCGCAAGACCAACGGCGGCUGCCCCAUCUGCAAGCAGCUCAUCGCCCUGUGCUGCUACCACGCCAAGCACUGCCAGGAGAACAAGUGCCCGGUGCCCUUCUGCCUCAACAUCAAACACAAGCUGCGCCAGCAGCAGCUGCAGCACCGCCUGCAGCAGGCCCAGAUGCUGCGCCGCAGGAUGGCCAGCAUGCAGCGCACCGGCGUGGCGGGGCAGCAGCAGGGCCUGCCCUCGCCCACCCCGGCCACGCCCACCACGCCCACCGGCCAGCAGCCCCCCACGCCGCAGACGCCCCAGCCACCGCCCCCGCCCCCGCCCGCCUCCCAGCCCCAGCCCGCGCCCCCCAACACCAUGCCGCCGUACAGCCUACCCAGAGCGCAGCCGCCCGGGGCGGCGUCCCAGGGCAAGGCGGGCGGCCAGGUGACCCCUCCGACCCCGCCUCAGACCUCUCAGCCCCCCGUGCAGGGGCCCCCGCCGGCGGCCGUGGAGAUGGCGAUGCAGAUCCAGAGGGCCGCCGAGACGCAGCGCCAGAUGGCUCACGUGCAGAUCUUCCAGCGGCCCGUCCAGCAUCAGAUGCCGCAGAUGACUCAGAUGGCCCCCAUGGGCAUGAACCCGCCCCCGAUGGCCCGAGGUCCCGGUGGCCACAUGGACCAGGGGCUGGGGCCGGCCGGGAUGCAGCAGCAGCCCCCCUGGGCCCAGAGCGGCUUGCCGCAGCCGCAGCAGUUCCAGCCGGGCAUGCAGAGGCCCGCCAUGAUGUCGGGGAACCAGCCCGGGCAGCCCAUGAACAUGGCCCCCCAGCCGGGCCUGGGGCAGGUGCCUGCCGUGGCCCAGCCCAAGCAAGGCUCCCUGCCGCAGGCGGCCUUGCAGAACCUCCUGAGGACUCUGCGGUCCCCCAGCUCGCCCAUGCAGCAGCAGCAGGUGCUCAACAUCCUCCACGCCAACCCCCAGCUGCUGGCCGCCUUCAUCAAGCAGCGGGCGGCCAAGUACGUCACCCAGAACCCCCAGGGCCAGCCCGCCGUGCCGGGCCAGCAGGGCGUGCACCCCAACCCGGCCAUGCAGACCAUGAACCCCAUGCAAGCUGGCGUGCAGCGAGCCAGCCUGCCCCCGCCACAGCCGCAGCCCCCUCCCCAGCCCCAGCCUCCGCCGGCCAUGGGCGGGGUGAGCCCCCAGGCCCAGCAGAUGAACAUGAAUCACGGGGGCAUGUCCGCGCAGUUCCGGGAGCUCCUCAUGAGGCGGCAGCAGCAGCAGCUGCUCGACCAGCAGCGGCAGCAGCAGCAGCAGCAGCAGCAGCAGCAGGGGGUGGGCCCCGCCAUGGGCAGCCACGGCCAGUUCCCCCAGCCCCAGGGGCUGGGCUACCCCCCGCAGCAGCAGCAGCAGCAGCAGCGGAUGCAGCACCACAUGCAGCAGAUGCAGCCGGGGGGCAUGGGACAGAUGGGCCAGCUCCCGCAGGCCAUGGGGGCUGAGCCGGGGGCCAGCCUACAGCAGGCCUACCAGCAGCGGCUGCUCCAGCAGCAGAUGGGCUCCCCGGCUCCGCCGAACCCCAUGAGCCCCCAGCAGCACAUGCUCCCGAGCCAGGCCCAGUCCCCCCACCUCCAGGGCCAGCAGAUCCCCCCGUCGCUCACCAGCCAAGUGCGCUCCCCCCAGCCCGUCCCGUCCCCUCGGCCCCAGUCCCAGCCGCCCCACUCCAGCCCUUCCCCCCGGAUGCAGCCGCAGCCUUCCCCGCACCACGUCUCCCCACAGACCAGCUCCCCGCACCCAGGACUGGUGGCCGCCCAGGCGAACGCCAUGGAGCAAGGGCACUUUGCCAGCCCGGACCAGAGCGCCAUGCUUUCCCAGCUGGCGAGCAACCCAGGCAUGGCGGGCCUCCAUGGGGCGGGCGCCACGGACCUGGGGCUGAGUGCCGAUAGCUCAGACUUGAAUUCAAACCUUUCACAGAGUACACUAGACAUACACUAGAGAUUACCUUGUAGCGUUUUGGGAGCAAAAAAAAAACAACUUAUUUUCUCUUAAGACUUUUUGUACUGAAGACAAAAUUUUUUUGAAUCUUUCUUAGCCUAAGAGACGAUUUUCCCCGGAAUACAUCUGAACUGGGCAGCAAGAGCUUGUGGUUUAAAACAAAAAGCAAACUUUGAACCUGAGGGAUGACAGAAUAAAAAGAAUCUAUUUUUGUUAUGGCUGGUCUCCACCAGUCCUCCUUCCUGUCCCGUCCCCGCCAGUCCUCCUUCCCAUCCCCACUGUGUACAGUGCAGGCUCAAGGCCACAUGCUCCCUCCUUGCACCUCCAAUACAGUUUAUUAUUUUUUUUAAAUUAAUGAAAAUAUGUAAUAUUGAUAGUUAUUAUUUACUGGUGCAGAUGGUUGACAUUUCUCCCUAUUCUUUUUCCUCAUGACACCACGGCAGAAGAGUUAACUCACGAACAUUUCUUAAACCAGAGGACAAAAGGGGUUAAUGUUGCUUUAAAAAAAAAAUACAUAUUUUAUAUAUAUAUAUAUUUAUAUAUAUAUAUAUAUUAAAAAAAAUACC